AUGUCUUCACGAAUUCCCUUACAAAUGAUGUCAAUGAAUACACCAGAUUAUUCUUCAAUAAUGUAUGAACCAUCAUAUUGUAAUUGUUGUUAUUAUGAAAAUCAAGAUGUAUAUAUGGAAAAUUCUUAUCAAACAUUUGAUGAAAAUUCAAAAGAUUUAAAAAAGAAAUCAACACGUCGUUCGAAACAUAUUCCACAUCAUCUUCGACCACAACAUAUUGUUGAACGACGAAAUCGACGUGAACGAUUACGUGUACAAGAUGUUAAUCAAGCAUUUUAUACACUUCAACAACUUUUACCAUCGGAUUCAAAUUCAACAACAUCAAAUAAUAAUCAAGAACAAAUGGAUGCAACACGAAAUUCAUCUCGUACAUCAAAAGUUUGGACACUUCGAAAAGCAGUGGAUUAUAUUGACGCACUUCAAAAAAUGUUAUAUGAAAAUAAUUAA